AAAAGUCAAUUCAGACAUAUGUAUUUAACCUAAUAAAUCGAUGAUUAGUAUACACUCAAGUAAGAGCUCUUGUAUAUUGAUUUAUACUCUUAUUCAGUUGGUCAUCGGGUAUUUAAAGGAUAAAUCCGGAUUUUCUGCUUGAUGAAAUUGGGUCAAUAAAACGUCAACCUUAAACCCUUUUGACCAACAACUAUUCAAUUAAAGAGGUGCUGCUGUGCUGCCACUUGUAAGACUAUCCAGCAGAAAGACACCGUGCAUGCUUUUACAAGAUGAGCAGGCGGUCUUACAUUGCCGUGGCGAUGGUAAUCGGUAUCGGAGUGGGUGUGUUUUCUGCCUAUUACUACGGAGGUCGUACAAAAACUGUACAAAAAGUCUACAUCAUGCCAAAACCUGACAAAAAUCCUAUAAUGCCACCCCAUUCUGUACACAAUUACACUACAAAUCCACCCUCCAAAACCCCCCACGGUGCUAUACUCAAGCCAAAGACGGUGGUUAAGAAAUUCAGGUCCAAUCCAGAUACCAACUGCAUUGCAACGAUACCUCCAAAAUACAUCACGAAUGGUGAAGAACCUUUUAGAAUACCAGAAGAAAAAGAACUGUCCUCACUGUCAAAUGAGAUUGUUACCUGCUUGUACCAUCGUUAUGUAACCACGCUUCAAUAUUACUGCGGAUAUAAAGAACGCAUCGGUAUGAUAGCACGAAACGGCUGGUACGUCUGCUUGGACCCCUCCUUCGCUCCUAAAAAUGACUGUGUUGUUUUCUCCUCCAACAGGAGGUUUAAUGAUAAUGCCUUCUUGUAUGAUAUCAAGGCACGUUAUAAGUGUAGAACGUUCAAUACACCCCUUUCCGACAAAGAUUCUCUACAGAGUUGGAUUGCAAAAACCAAUACUUCAGACAACAUCAUUGAUGUUCUUACUCUUUCAAUAAGUAGCUAUGGAGAACUUUUCAUCAUUGAUAAAAUGGUGGAAGAGAGGUCCAUUGGGAGAGUGAAGCAACUGCUUUUAGAACUUCAUUUUGACCCUGCCGUGACGAAGAAAUCAGAUUACGUAAAAAUUUUAAAACGUUUGAAAAUGCUGUUCCGAGCAGGUUUACGUAUAAUUUGGUACGACAGGCCAUUUCAGUGUGCAUCAAUGAACAAAUAUAACAGAUGUUAUACAAUCUAUUUUGUUCAAAGAUCUUUAGCAGACAGAACACACAAGUAUAGAGAACUUAGUUUACCGUCAGAGGAGGAAAUUCGAAAGAUGAAAGGUCCAGAGUGCUCAGACCUCUACUAUAAAUAUCUCACGACUACGCAGUUCUUCUGUAAACAAAUAGUGAGAAUUGGGAGAAUAACGGAUGGUGGCUGGGAUGUCUGUCACGAUAUGAUGCUUAAGAUUGACGAGAAACCUUGCAUUGCCUAUUCGUUUGGUAUAAACAAUGACUUUUCGUUUGAUGAUGAUAUGGUAAAAACAUACGGCUGCAACGUAUAUUCAUUCGAUCCUACAAUGAGAAAGGAAACUCACAAACAUGCGCCCAAAGUUUGGUUCUACAACAGAGGUAUAGGAGAAACAUACAGAAAAUAUGGUACCGGUGACAUUGCACCUCUGAAUAAAAUCAGGAAGGAUCUUAAUCAUGUGAAAGUUCCCAUAGCAGUCAUGAAAGGAGACACAGAGGGUGCGGAAUGGCCUUCAACGCCACAGAUGUUAAAAACCAAUCAACUCUCCGAUGUAUCCCAGUUUUACCUAGAACUGCAUUCAAAUGGGUACGCGCCGGAACAUUUGCUUCUUCUAAAGAAACUGCAUGAUGCUGGAUUCCGUUUAUUCUGGUUUCACACAAAUCCAUCUUGUAUAUUUAAGUACAAGAGUGGUCAACGUACGCUCUGUAUGGAAGUGUAUUUCAUGAAUACUCGAUAUCCAUAUACAUCAUAAACUGCGUCACACCAUCAAGUGCAUGUCCAAGGACACUAAAUCACAUUUGAUACAUUGUUA